AUGGAUUCGACGACGCAAAAUUCGACAAGAUAUGAGCUAUCUGAUCUUGACAGAAUUGCACCUCCAAUGAUGGUGAAAGCCUUCCUCCUUUACGAGCUGUUGCAGGCUACCGAUUUGGACCAGCUGAUCACUUCGCUUCGUGAAGGUCUAAUGAAUGCUGUUGCACAAAUGCCAUUCAUGCAAGGAACCAUUCAAAUCGAUGAAACAGGCAAGCCUUACAUACAGAUAUCUACAGACACGUCUCUAGAGCUCAAAAUUCGUCAUUUCUCGCAAACCGAGCACAAGUCUUAUUCUGAUCUUGUGGAGAACUCCUUUGCUGCUGACGACUUGCAGCCUACACUCUUGCUUCCUGAGUUGCCCCAUGGGCAGCAACAAGUAUGUAUGCUACAGCUGAACGUUGUUUCGGGGGGUGUCAUUCUAGGAUUUGCCAUGCACCACGCUGCAGGCGACUGGACAUCCAUGGAUGCGUUUUUGACGCUUCUUUGCCGUGGAACGAAAGCAAAUCAUCAUAGCCUUUCUAUGCCGAUCCACAAGCCUGACCUGGACAGAGCCCCGUUCAAUGCCAAAGCCACUAUUUCUUCUGUCAGUCAGGAUGAAUUGCUGGCAAACUGCCCUGGGUUUUCAGUGAUAGACUCGAGUGUCGCUGUCUUUCCUACCAAGGCUUCGCUACCCCCAGCCGUCAAAACGCAUAUCUAUCGAGCGACUGAAUCCUCGAUCCAGAAUCUCAAACAUGAGUGCACACCUAUCGGUGUGGAUUACCUGUCAUCCUAUGACUGUAUCUCUGCACUCCUCUGGACAUCAAUCACCCGUGUUCGAUUCCUCCACCAGCCGAAGAAGCGUUCAACUCAAUCCAUCUCAGCGAACCCGAUCAACCUGCGUGUCCGGGACCCAACAAACGCAACAUCACAGGAUUAUUUCGGCAAUGCAAUCCUCCCAUCUUGGGUCGGCCCAGUUGAUGUGCAGUCCUUACUGGCAGACAAUGGGAUUUCUACUGCAGCCUCUCUGAUCCGCACAUCGAUCAACGAGUCAAGUGUGGACUCAAUCGGACAUUUGACCAAGCUGGUUCGAUCACUUUCGCCAACCGAGAGGUUAGGGAUAGCCAUGGACUUCCACGACAUGGACCUCUUGAUGAACAGUUGGUACUCAGGCAAGGCUGAAAAUUAUGAUAUCGGAAUUGGCUCUCCUUUUGCUUUCCGUACUCAUCGACCGAACACCGGUGCCUGUUGUCUGAUUCUCCCGGACUUCAGCCACUCUUCGUCCAGAAUCUAUGAGGUCUUUGUUCAGCUUCCGGUGGAAGAACAUCGUUCGUUGCAGGAAGACCCCCAAUUCUCGAGUUGUUUUGAGCUUCUCAAUUAG